CCCCCGACUCAGCCCCUCCCCAGACCCCUGGGACGCCGGUAAUGGGGCCGCAAACCCUCUUCCUGGUGCUCUCGGGGGCCCUGGCCCUGACCGAGACCUGGGCGGGCUCCCACUCCCUGAGGUAUUUCUACACCGUCGUGUCCCGGCCCGGCCGCGGGGAGCCCCGCUUCAUCGCCGUCGGCUACGUGGACGGCACGCAGUUCGUGCGGUUCGACAGCGACGCCCCGAAUCCGAGGGAGGAGCCGCGGGCGCCGUGGGUGGAGCAGGAGGGGCCGGAGUAUUGGGAUCGGAACACGCGGAUCUACAAGCACCACGCACAGACUCUCCGAGUGAACCUGAACACCCUGCGCGGCUACUACAACCAGAGCAAGGCCGGGUCUCACACCAUCCAGAUGAUGUACGGCUGCGAGGUGGGGCCGGACGGGCGCCUCCUCCGCGGAUACUGGCAGUCCGCCUACGAAGGCUCGGAUUACCUCUCCCUGAACGAGGACCUGAGCUCCUGGACCGCGGCGGACACGGGGGCGGCUCAGAUCUCCAAGCGCAAGGCGGAGGCGGCUGGUGUGGGGGAGAUCCGCAGGAACUACCUGGAGGUCAGGUGCGUGGAGGGACUCCGCAGAUACCUGGAGAACGGGAAGGACACGCUGCUGCGCGCAGACCCUCCAAAGACACACGUGACCCAUCACCCCAUCUCUGACCAUGAGGUCACCCUGAGGUGCUGGGCCCUGGGCUUCUACCCUGAGGAGAUCUCACUGACCUGGCAGCGUGAUGGGGAGGAUCAGACCCAGGACAUGGAGCUUGUGGAGACCAGGCCUGCAGGGGAUGGAACCUUCCAGAAGUGGGCAGCCCUGGUGGUGCCUUCUGGAGAGGAGCAGAGAUACACAUGCCGUGUGCAGCAUGAGGGGCUUCAGAAGCCCCUCACCCUGAGAUGGGAACCUCCUCAGCCCACUGUCCCCAUCCUGGGCAUCACUGCUGGCCUGGUUCUCUGCAUGGUCACUGGAGCUGUGAUCUGGAGAAAGAGGCGCUCAGGUGAAAAGGGAGGGAGCUACACUCAGGCUGCAAGCAGUGACAGUGUCCACAGCUCAGAUAUGUCUCUCACGGAUCCUAAAGGUGAGACCUUGGAGGGCCUAGACUGGGAGAGUAGUUGGGGCAGAGGGGACACACUGGGUGGUGGGGAUCUUUGA